AUGUUUAAUAAUUUGAAUGAAGGUUGUUUAGAGUAAAUUGAUGAUAAAUGUCUAAUUUGUUAAGAAGGUUGGAUUUAAGAUGAAUUUUUAGAACAUUGUUAUCCAAUUUGUGGUGAUGGAAUCAUUCAAGGUUAAGAAUAAUGUGAUCAUGGUAAUCUAAUAUCAAAUCAUUCUUGUUAUUUAUGCUAAUAUUCAUGUAUACAAUUUUGUUUAAUUUGUUAAUUUGGAAUUUGUUUAUAAUGUUAACAUGGAUUUGUUAUUAAUGCUAAUUUUAAUUGUGAGCCUUUAUGUGGGGAUGGUAUUUUAAUUCCUUAUUCAACUGAAUAAUGUGAAUUGACAGUUAAUGGGGUCUGGGAUGAUUGUUAGGAAUGCAGAUUUAUAUCAAUUGAAAAUUGUAAAACCAACUACUUUACAAUUUGCUUAGAAUGUGAAGUUGGAUUUUAAAUCUAAGAAAAUAUUUGUUAACCUUUUUGUGGAGAUCAAUUAAUUCUUGAUUAAUAUGAGGAUUGUGAUGAUGGUAAUUUGCAAUCUUAUGAUGGUUGUUUUAAUUGCAAAUUUCAAUGCAUUGAAGAUUGCAACAUAUGUGAACAAGGAUAAUGCAUUUUAAGAUGUGAAGAUGGAUAUGAAUUUGUUAAUAAUAAUUGUCUUUCUGUUUGUGGUGAUCUAAUUCUUGAUUAAUAUGAGGAUUGUGAUGAUGGUAAUUUGCAACCUUAUGAUGGUUGUUUUAAUUGCAAGUAUUCUUGCCCAGAAAAUUGCUUUGAUUGCUAUUAAGGUACUUGUUUAGAGUGCAAUUACCAAUACUAAUUACUAAUUUCAAAUCAAAGCUAAUAGUAAUAAAAUUGUGGAGAUGGAUUGCUUUAGGAAUAAGAGGAUUGUGAUGAUGGAAAUUAUUAAGCAGCGGAUGGAUGCAAGGAUUGUUUAAUUGAAUAAAAUUGGAUAUGCAUUACAAUGACAAGAGAUUCUCUAAGCUUAUGCACAUUUUUCAAAGCUCCAAACUUAGUGAUUAAUUAUCUCAAUAUGACUUAAAAUAAAUAGUAUAUUAGCAUCUAAUUUAAUUAAAAAGUAAAAAUUUACACAGCUUAACCUUUAUCAGAAACUAUAAAUUUUCAAAUAUUAAAUAUAGAAAAGAAGAACUGGAAUAGCAGCUUAUAUAUUAUAUAGGAUAUUGGAUUAGAUGUAAAUUUUGGAGAAUUUAUUGUCUAAAUAGAAAUAUCAUAAUUACUUGAAUUUAGACCAGUCUUGAAAAUUAAAGUAAAUUAGACUGUGGCUAAUAUAGAUGAUGCUGUGUUGGAUAAUUUUGAAAAGUCAAUAACAUUGCAAUAUACAAAAUUUCUUGAUGAGAAACAGAAGGAUUAUUCUUAAAAUUUGAAAAAUCUUAAUAAAUAUAUAAUUUAUAGUUUGUCUGGAAUUACUGGUUUAAGUCUACUAUUAGGAAGUGGAGAUUUGUUUAUUGAAAUUAUGGCAAUUCUUUAAUUCUAACAAUACUUAAGAUACAUUAACCUGAAUUAUCCAGAAAAUUUAGAGAUUUAUUUUACUGUCAAUGAUAUGAUAACUAUUCAACCUUUACUUGAUUUCAUCUAUUUCCCUCAACUUUUACUGUUUAUUGAUAUUUAGUAAAAUUAAGAAUAUUCUGAUGGAAAAUUUAAUAUGUACAAAUAAAACUCUAAUUUGAUCAUCAACCUUUCAAGCCAAAUAUUUCAAUUCUUAGUAUUUUUAUUCUUUAUUUUGUUAUUUCAAUUUAUUAAAAAGGUGUUAUACAAUUGGAUAUUUUGUUCUAGGUACUUUUACUAUAUGCCAUCAUUAUCAUUAUAUAUAAAUCCAAAAGUAAUUUUUAAGUUUAGUUAAUCCUUUUAUAAAAUUUGCAUGGAAUUACUUAAAUUGAAAAGAUUUAUGUCUUUUUAAGGAUUAUAAAAAGCCUUAUUUCUAAAUGGUUGGGAUAUGAUAUUUAAAACAUUAUUGUAUACACGAAACAUUUAAACCAAAAAUUACAUAGAUAUUGUACAAAUUAUAAUAGCAAGCAUAAUCCUUAUCCUUUAUUUUACCAUUUUCAUAGAUUUUUUUAAAAGUAAAUAAAAAUUAUCAAAGAAGAACAGCUACUAAAUUUUUGAAACACUAAAUUUUGGUAGAUAAUUUUUCUUUUUAUUAUUUUUGAUUUAUGUUUAAAGUUCCCAAAUACUUUAAUUAGGAUUACUCCUUAUGACAAGCAUACUUUAGAUUAGAUUCAUAUAUAAUUAUCGCUGUCUUUUUAAUAAAAAAUAUUACAUUGUUUAAAUGGUGGUUGAGAUAUCGGUAUUAACUUUUAUAAUUAGUUCAUUCUUAUACAUCUAAGAGUGUUAUGAAUUUUUUAAUGAAUAGAAAAAAAUUUUAUUAGGAUGGAUUCAAGCAAUCAUACUAUCUUCUGGAAUAAUUAUAGAACUAAUUUGGGUCUGCAAGGAUUUGCUAUAAAAAUUAAUAUAGAAUUGCAGAAGAAAAUCAUAUAAUGUGAAGAAUCCAUUAUUUUUAUGA